AUGGUCGGCUUUACAUCUUUCCUCCUCCUCGGAGGUGCUGCUGCUGCUUCAGUCAACCUCAACAGCCACCCUGUCAGGCUCGAGACUCGCCAUGCCGUGACCUCUCGCCUUGGCAACGUCCACCUGUUUGUCGAGAGAGACGUGGCCGGUCCUGUAACCGUUUCCUACGGUUCUUGCUCAUCUCUCUCUGCUAGAGAUGCUCAUCACACCGUGGGCGAGGUCCAGGGAAAGAGACAGGAGACACGCCUUGUGUGGAAGCUUCCCGAGAGGUCUGAGUCUGGGGGAUGCCUCUCCGCCUGGAACCCCGCCGGGCAGCUUCUGGGGAGGAGUGAGCCUCAGCUCCUUGAGAAUCGCCACGCAAAGAGAGCAGAGAAGCGAGCUGCCAUCGCCAUGACCAACGCCACGGGAAUUGAAACCCUUGGUCCCUGGUUCGAGGGUGUCAAGCUCCUCCAGGACCAACAACCGGGGCCCAUUGACGUCAAGGCCGCCAAGGAGAAGGAGGUCGCCAUUGUGGGCGCCGGCAUGUCUGGGCUGAUGAGCUAUCUCGUCCUCACUCAAGCGGGCCUCAAGAAUGUCAAGAUCAUUGAGGCCGGCAACCGUCUUGGUGGCAGAGUUCACACCGAGUACCUGCGCGGCAAGGCUUUCGAUUACUCCUACCAGGAGAUGGGCCCGAUGCGGUUCCCCUGGACCUACAAUGAUCCAGCAACCAACAGCACGCUCGAAAUCACCGACUCUCAGAUCGUCUUCCAGGUCGCCGAGGAGAUCAACAAGCUGAACAAGAACAGCAAGAACCUCACCGUCAGCUUCCAGCCUUGGUACCAGAGCUCGCCAAACGGACUGGUCUACAGGAACGGUUUCAAGCUCCCAUCCGGUCUGCCACCAACUUCUGCCCAGAUUGCGGCCGAUCCUUCCUUGGGGACCCCUUCUAUGCCCCGGGACAACUCGACCAUCGCUUUGGCUGCGGCCCUGAGCGAGUACAUGCCUCCCAGCAGUGUGUAUGCGGAUGUGGCCAACAACAUGUUCAAGGCUCACAAGGACUGGAUCGAGAACGGUCUCAAGGGUCUUGGUGGUGAUACGUGGUCCGAGUUUGCUUUCCUGACACACCAUCUUGGGGGUAGCCUCAACGACACAGAUGUUAUUGGCGGAAGCGAUCACAGCUACUGGUCCAGCAUCUACAGCGGCGCUUAUUUCCGAGCCGCCUCCUGGAAGACCAUCGAUGGCGGCCUCAACCGUCUCCCCUUGGCUUUUCACCCGUUGGUCAACAAGGAUACCAUCAUGAACCGCGCCGUCGAGCGUGUUGCCUUCUCCACCGACUCCAAGACGGGUUCCAAGAAGGUCCAGCUCUCCUACCGAGACAGCAACCCCCGCAAUGGGAAGAAGUCCAAGCUCUCCUCUGCCGGCUACGAUUACGCCAUUAUCUCUGCUCCCUUCUCCGUCGUCCGCUCCUGGAGAAUGCCCACCCUCCCUGCCACCAUCUCCAACGCCAUCCGCAAGCUCGAGUACGCCAACGCCUGCAAGGUCGCCCUCGAGUACAAGACGCGCUUCUGGGAGAAGUACGCCAACCCCAUCCUCGGCAGUUGCAGCACCUCCACCGACAUCCCCGGUAUCGGCUCCAUCUGCUACCCAUCCUACAACAUCAACGGCACCGGGCCCGCUUCCAUUCUGGCGAGUUAUGACACUGGCGCGCUGCUUGAGUCGCUGUCAGAAGAAGAGCACGUCCAGUAUGUGUUGGACGCCAUGACCGAGAUCCACGGCGAGGAGACGAGGAAGCUGUACACUGGUCGGUACAACAGGCGGUGCUGGGCUCAAGACGAGCUCACCAGGGGUGGCUGGGCGAACCCAAGUAUUGGACAGCAUCAGCUGUAUAUUCCCGAGUACUUCAAGACUUAUGAUGGGUUGAUCUUUGUCGGCGAGCACACCAGCUACACGCAUGCUUGGAUUGCCUCUGCUUUGGAGAGCGGUAUCAGAGGUGGUGUUCAGCUUCUUUUGGAACUUGGGCUGGUUGAUGAGGCCAAGGAGGCUGUUGACAAAUGGAUGGCGAGAUGGAUCGAUAUCUGA